AUGGCGCUUGCGUAUGAUCCUCUCUUCAUCACAUCGGAGAUUUCCGCCAUGGACGUAGCAGCAGCCUCGCCGCCGCCGAUGAUGUUAACCCAGGACGAGCUCAAACGAAUCGCCGCCUACAAAGCCGUCGAGUUCGUCGAAUCCGGCAUGGUCCUCGGGCUCGGCACAGGCUCCACCGCCAAACACGCCGUCGACCGAAUCGGAGAGCUUCUCCGGCAAGGAAAACUCGAAAACAUCGUCGGGAUCCCAACGUCGAAGAAGACGCAGGAGCAGGCUCUCUCCGUCGGGAUCCCUCUCUCCGAUCUCGACGCGCAUCCCGUCAUCGAUCUCUCCAUAGACGGCGCCGACGAGGUCGACCCUUACCUCAACCUCGUGAAAGGCCGAGGAGGAUCUCUCCUCCGGGAGAAGAUGAUCGAAGGAGCUUCUAAGAAGUUCGUCGUGAUCGUUGACGAGUCGAAGAUGGUGAAACACAUCGGCGGGAGCAAGCUAGCUCUUCCGGUGGAGAUCGUGCCGUUCUGCUGGAGAUUCACGGCGGAGAAGCUCCGGGAGCUGAUGGAGGGGUACGGCUGCGAAGCGAAUCUCCGGCUGGGAGAGAGAGGGAAGCCGUUCGUGACGGAUAAUGGGAAUUACAUAGUGGAUAUGCAUCUGGAGAAGGAUAUGGGAGAUUUGAGAGCAGUGAGCGAUGCGAUUCUGAGGAUUGCUGGAGUUGUGGAGCAUGGCAUGUUUCUUGAUAUGGCGUCCACUGUUAUCGUUGCUGGUGAGUUUGGUGUCAAGAUCAAGAACAAACAAUCCUUUUGA